AUGGUUCUUCAGGAUCUCGGGCGGCGUAUCAACUCCGCCGUCAAUGACUUGACAAGGUCGAACAAUCUCGAUGAGAAGGCCUUCGAUGACAUGCUGAAGGAGAUCUGCGCUGCCCUCCUCUCCGCUGAUGUGAAUGUCCGACUUGUACAAACCCUCCGAAAGUCCAUCAAAUCCAGCGUCAACUUCUCCUCCCUGCCCGCUGCUGUCAACAAGAAGCGGUUGAUCCAAAAGACCGUCUUCGACGAGCUGGUCGCAUUAGUCGAUCCUCAUGCGCAGCCUUUCCGCCCCAAGAAGGGCCGCUCGAAUGUGAUCAUGUUCGUUGGUCUUCAAGGUGCGGGUAAGACAACAACAUGUACCAAGCUGGCUCGUCAUUACCAAACUCGUGGAUUCAAGACUGCCUUGGUUUGUGCGGAUACUUUCCGGGCUGGUGCCUUUGAUCAGUUGAAGCAGAACGCGACCAAGGCGAAAAUCCCAUACUAUGGUAGUCUGACUCAGACCGAUCCCGCUGUUGUGGCUGCCGAGGGUGUCGCCAAAUUCAAGAAGGAGCGUUUUGAUAUCAUCAUCGUGGAUACUAGCGGUCGCCAUCGCCAGGAGGAGGAGCUGUUCACGGAAAUGACUCAAAUCCAGGAGGCCGUGACCCCGGAUCAAACCAUUCUUGUCCUUGAUGGCACUAUCGGUCAGGCUGCCGAGUCUCAGUCUGCAGCUUUCAAGGCCACUGCCAAUUUCGGUGCCAUCAUCAUCACCAAGACCGACGGUAAUGCCGCUGGCGGUGGUGCUAUCUCCGCAGUUGCCGCGACACACACUCCCAUCAUCUUCCUUGGUACAGGUGAGCACCUGAUGGACCUCGAGCGAUUCGAACCACGCUCGUUUGUUCAGAAGCUGCUUGGUAUGGGCGAUGUGGCGAGUCUUGUCGAGCACGUUCAGGCCAUCACCAAGGAUUCGAGCUCAGCCAAGGAGACCUACAAGCACAUCGCUGAGGGCAUCUACACGAUUCGCGAUUUCCGCGAGAAUAUCACCUCUAUCAUGAAGAUGGGUCCUCUAUCCAAGCUUUCUGGCAUGAUUCCCGGCCUGUCCAACCUUACCCAGGGUCUCGAUGAUGAGGACGGUUCCAUGAAGCUUCGCCGCAUGGUCUACAUCUUUGACAGCAUGACUGCCAAGGAACUGGACAGCGACGGUAAGAUGUUCGUUGAGCAGCCCAGCCGGAUGGUUCGCAUCGCGCAUGGCAGUGGCACGACUGUUCGCGAAGUCGAGGAUCUGCUUUCUCAGCACCGCAUGAUGGCCGGCAUGGCCAAGCGGGUUGGUGGUCAGAAGAAGCAGAUGCAACAAGCGCAGAAGAUGCUCAAGGGUGGCAACAACCAGCAACAGCUCGCUGCCAUGCAGAAGCGGAUGGCCGCCAUGGGAGGAGCCGGCGGCAUGGGUGGAAUGGGCGGUAUGCCCGGCAUGGGCGAUAUGGCCAAGAUGAUGCAGAUGAUGGGUGGGGGUGGUCAGGGCGGAGGCGGCAUGCCUGGUCUCGGGGGCAUGGACUUGCAAAGUAUGAUGAGCCAAAUGGGUGGUUUGAUGGGAGGACUUGGCGGCAUGGGUGGUAUGGGCGGAGGUGGCGGCGGUGGUGGACGAGGCCGCGGACGGUAG